GCCACCAACAAUAAUCUCCACGGAGCUGCCAGAGCGCUGUGGGCGUCGGAGCCAUAGGCAUAUAUAUGUCUAUGUUCGGAGCUGCCAGCAGUUAUUGCCAACUACACAAUGGUGUCUUCACCCCCGCCUAAUUUUUCCUGGAUUGAGCCUAACAAUCUGGCAGGGCUAGCGUUGCCCAGAACGACUGCGCAUUAUAAAUACUUGUUGGAUAGUGGCAUACAGCACUUGGUUUGUCUUUGUGAGACGAAGCCUCCAUGCUACGACACCUGUCCUGGACUGACAUUGCACCACAUAGCAAUAACAGACUUCUGCCCACCCAGUUUGGAUCAAAUCAAAAGGUUCUUGGCGAUUGUUGAGAACGCCAACGGAAAUAAUGAGGGUGUGGGAGUUCACUGUCUACAUGGCCAUGGAAGAACAGGGACGAUGCUGGCCUGCUAUCUGGUGAAGGCUAGAAAGAUCUCAGGGGACCACGCCAUCAAGGAGAUUCGAAGACUGCGCAGUGGGUCCAUCGAAACACAAGGGCAGGAAAAAGCAGUUUUGGACUUCUAUAAUCAUAUUAUACGAAGCCUUUAAAACUUUGUUGUGGCCAUCUGUAUCUGUUAACGUCUUGGCAUUCUUAUAAACCUUUCAUUCAGUUGUUCUUUCAAAAUGUAUUCGUGGAAGUGCAAUUAAACCAUUUAUUUAUUUUUUAUUGAUUCAUUCAUCCAGCUUAUCACAUUGGUGAUGGAAUAGACAAAAUGUAACUUCACAUAAACCAAAGACAAAAUUAGGGAACACAAUUCCGAAGCAAAAUAAUAAAUGGCCACGUGUCCCUUUACCUGUUUUGCAUUUACAGCAUAGGUCUACGAAUUGAGAGGGGUACACUUUAUUGAGAAUUACACAGGUUCUGUGUACACAAUGCAUCAUUUUGUGUUACAUUUCUGUUGUACAGGAAAAUUUUACGCACAUGUAAUAAAGCUUUUAUUGAAGA